AUAAGGUGGAGACCGUUUUGGAUCGGAUCGGAAGCACGAACCGACGCAGCAUGCACCGCGUGAGCGACCACCUGAGCGACCGCUUGCCGUACCGCAGCGGGUUCCGCGAGGAGAAGGACCCGUACGAGGUCUCUCGCGCGUACGGCAGCGGCGACAUCGCGCGCUUUUGCUGCCUCUUGGCGCCCGACGAGCCGCUCGAGGACGCGUCGCGCAUCGAGGCCAUGCGCCAGCUCGCCGAGCUUCUCUCGUCGCCCGAGAACAAGGUCAAGGCCAUUGCGGCCGGCGUCGUGCCGUCCAUUGGCCGUCUCCUCACGCAGUCGAAUCCGCGCGUCAAGGCCCACGCCGCCGACCGUCGUCGCGGCGCUCGCAUGGGACUUUGAGGGCGCCAUGGCGCUGCACGCCGACCCGACGCUGCUCUUCAACUUGAACCACCUCUUGAGCGAAGACGACGACGAGCGUUGCGUCGAGGCGGCCCUGCACGCCCUCGUCAACCUCACGAGCGCGAAAGAAGGCAUUGCCAUCGUCCUCGGGCGCGCCUACAUGCCCGAGAGGCUCGUCGCCAUGGCGUCCGACGAGAGCAGCUCGGUCUUGUCGCCGCGCGCCACCGACCUCCUCUUCCAUACGUUGGCCAACUUGACCAAGGCUGCGAACGGCGCCGAGGUCUGCACCACGUACCACAUUGUGCCGGCGCUGCUGCGCGUCAUCAAGAAGCCGCUGCACUACGAGCUUCCGGUGCUCCGCAGCGCCAUUAUGACGCUCUGGAACCUCGGGACUCACAACUAUGGCAAAGUUGAAGCGAUCGGCUCGAACGCUGUCGAGCUCUGCACCAAGGUCCUUGUCGCGCUCCAAGCAGGCGCGAUCCCGUGCAAGGACAAGCCCGACCUCCAGCGCUGCCUCGCGGGUACCCUCAUGGCGCUCGCGACCGCCGAAGAGGCUAAGCCCAAGCUACUUGCCGUCGCCGUCGCGCCGCUCGUGGCCUGCUUGCGCGAGCCGGUGGCCACGGCAAACGCAGCGCAGGCACUCAACUACAUGGCCGAGUCGCCCGAUGGGCUGCUCCCGAGCGUGACGCUCUUGCUCGACGACACGGAGAUGCUGCUUCGCGUCUUUGCGCUGCGUGCAAUUCCCGCGCUCACGACGCUCCUCGCCCAGCAAAUGCGUCCGGGCCUCGUCCUCGCUGCGCUCCAGCGCCUCCAGCUGCUCGAAGACAGUAUCAGUGCCAUGACGCAGUCGCUGCACCUCUACGAACACCUCGCGCGCCUCUGCAUUCCCAACGACGACGCGCCCGAGCUCAGCAUUCUCGCGACGCGUGUGCUCCACGUCGCAGCCCAACAUGGGCCACGGACCGCAACCCGCAUCGAGCGCGCGUUUGCAGCGUGCGACAUUCAAGACCCGUCGCUCCUCGCUGCGGUCCUCGAGCACGUCGCGACGUAAUGCCAUAAAC